CAAAGAAGAAGAACCUUUAAGUCUUCCUGUUUCAGAGCUGAACAUGUUAAUAUUCCACUAACAUGAAUUAACAAAGCCAGGAGGUGACUCUGCUGGAGACCAAUGUUCAGGUGCAGUUUGGGGACAUCAGUGAAGUACCUGGCUACUUUKCUUCAACACAGGAUGUCCAGUUCACGUCCCCCGCUGGCUGCAGUCUGUCAGGUCACAGCCACCCCUGACAAAGAGGCCAACUUCUCUGCCUGUAAACAGCUGGUGGAGGAGGCCAAAGAGCGAGGGGCCUGCAUGGUCUUCCUUCCAGAGGGGUUUGACUACAUCGGCUCCAGCAGAGAGGAGACACUGUCUCUCUCUGAGACUCUGGGAGGACACGUAAUCUCACAAUACGUUCAGCUGGCCAGGAGACUGGAGGUGUGGUUGUCUCUUGGAGGAUUUCACGAACGAGGACACGAUUGGGAAACUGACCGACGAAUUUAUAACAGUCACGUUAUAAUUAAUGACAAAGGUGACAUCYUGUCGGUCUACAGGAAGUCCCACCUGUUCGACGUUGAGCUGCCAGAAAAAGGUGUAUCCCUCAAAGAAAGCGCCUUCACCGUUCCCGGACCCUCCCUCGUUCCACCAGUCCACACUCCCAUUGGCAAGGUGGGACUGGGCAUCUGUUAUGACCUGCGGUUCCCUGAGUUAUCUCUGGCUUUGCAAAGGCACGGAGCUGAAAUCCUCACCUACCCGUCAGCCUUCACUGUGGCAACGGGAGCCGCACACUGGGAGGUGUUGCUCCGUGCACGAGCGAUCGAGACUCAGUGUUUCGUCCUGGCGGCGGCGCAGGUGGGCCGGCACCACCACAAGCGCUCGUCGUACGGCCACGCCCUGGCCGUGGACCCCUGGGGCGAGGUGGUGGGCGACUGCGGAGGGGCGGAGCCAGGGAUGGUCCUGGUGGAGGUGGACCUGGGGAAAGUGGUGAGGACCAGGAGGAACAUGCCGGUCCAGGAGCACCGCAGAGACGCUGCUUUUUACAACAGUCUGAGUCCAACCUGACACGAAGAUAAAACUGUCUUGAUUACACUUUUACUGACAAACCAAGCUUUUUUUAAAAUCUCAUGCUGUUCAAGYGUUUGAUUCACAGUUAAACAGAAGAAAAUGUCAUUGUUUCAUUCAGAUCUGAAGCUUCAAAUGAAGAAAUAUUGUUUAAUGAAGGGGGAAAUAAAAUCACAUUAAAAUAAUAAAAAAAUGAUUACAAAUAGGUUCACCAGUAAAGUAAUUUAACAUUAAAUAAUGGUGUUUUUUCUACAAAUUUGAUCUUUAUUCAAAAUUUGAGUUUUAUUUGGAAUCUGCUCAUCCAUCCAUUGGUAAAACUUGUUCUGUAUUCAGAUCAAUAGAUGGCGCUYUUGGGCAAGAAGUCCAGUCGAGUCAUAGACAGGUACCGUACUCAGUGACUGAAUCACCUCUUCAGGUUCUGCAUGAGCCUGUCUCAUUUGAAUCAGGUGUGCUGGAGCAGACAAACCUCUAAAACGUGCAGGAUAGCAGCCCUCGAGSACCAGGACUGGACCCCCUGCUACAGCCCAAUAAGAACCAAGAGCAUAAAAAGAACAUUGAGGAGAAAUACACAGUAUUUCAAUAAAUAAACAAGAACUAACUAAA